CCUUUCUGCCUUGGGAGGAGCUGCCAACAGGAAGUGCCGGUGUUCCGCCACCUGGCCGUGCCGUUGAGGGAACUGACCUCUGCGCCAUCUUCCCUGGGGUGCUGCCUGUGACGUCGUUGGAUUCUGCAUCUUGAACUUUUGGAGGAGAGCAUCAGAGCUUCGGAAUUUCUACCAGGUUAUGUGACACCUUGUUAAAAAUAAUUAAUUGACGCAUAUUUGAGUUGAAUUCAGAACAAAAGAGCAUCAACUAAAAAAGCAGGUCUCUACAAGGAAAUAGCCCAGCAGCUGCAAUCAACUGCAAUCCCAUUACACCUUCAUGAUGUUUCCCUUGGCUAGAAAUAUAUUGAGAAGUGUCAAGAUUCAAAGUUUUCAGCAAAUAAGGGCAAGACAGAGCCACAACAAACACUCUCCAGAUUUUCAUGACAAAUAUGGUGACACUAUACUAGCCAGUGGCUCCAUUUUCUGUGUUGUUGCAUGGUUAGUUACAACUACACAGAUUGGAGUAGAAUGGAACCUGUCCCCUGUUGGCAGAGUCACUCCAAAAGAGUGGAAUGAUAAGUAACGAUCACAGUUACUGUAACACAGAAUUGCUCAAAAUCAACCUUUCAUUUAAGCACUCUGCUGCUGAUUUAAAUAUAGCAUAAUUUAAAAAUUAAAAUACAUUGAAACCUUUAAA